AUGUCCAUCACUCAAUCAGUAGACGAAAUUUCACCCUUCGAUCUUGCAUCAAAUACCUCAUUUUUGGGCAAAUCGCAUAGAGAUACUUUCAUCUUCACAGGUGUUGCAAGCGACAAAUGGUCUAUUGGUGAUGUACCUAAUGGCGGCUAUGUUAUGGCAAUCAUCAUGGACAGUGUUAUUAGACACUUUGCUGAAAAGUAUCAAACCGAUCCAGUAGCUUUAAACUGCUUCUUCUUUAACAAGACUAUUCCUGGACACUUGAUUGUAGAGAUUGACGAGCUGAAAAUGAGCAGAAAAGGAUAUUGUGUCAUUCGUGCCAUCUUGAAGCAAAGAAAGGAUUUACAGCCUUUAACAAGCUUGGAGAGUUACGAUCCUUCACAAUGGCAAGACAAGGUACAAGGUAUCUUCACUAUGGGCAACAUGGACAAUGAAAAGGGCCCUACCCACUUUCACAAGAACCCUCAACCACCCUCUGAUGAGCAUUUAGAGCCUUACAACUAUGUCUUUAUGGGCGAAUUCCUCAACACAACAUUCGAUAUGCGUACCUUUCCCAAAUCAGACACUGAAGCAGGAAAGCCAGAGGUCUCACAGACCAUGGGAUUUAAGGAUGGAAGACAUAUUGAUUUCAAGAGUAUUCCUUAUUGGUGUGAUAUGUUUAUCACUCCCCCUACAUUGCUUGGUCCUGCUGUCUUGGAUGGUCCUGUUUGGUGUCCUACCAUGCAGCUUGAAGUGCAAUUCAAGAGAAAACCCACUGGAAAGACCAUCAGAGGUCAUUAUAUCGCUCCUCACAUCAUCAAUGGUAGAUUUGAUAUCUCGGGCGAGAUCUGGAACGAGGAAGGAGAGAUUUUAGCUAUUACAAGACAUCAAUGCUUGAUUGUGCCCUGGAGUCGCAACUCAAAGGAUGAGGGUAAAGCUAAUGAAAGGAUGAAGGUCAUGAUGCAAAAAUCAAAAAUGUAA